AUGGCUCGGCCCAUGGACACCGUCGUGCUCUCAAUUUCUCCAGUAAAAGGCAUUUCUGCAAGCUUACGAGGAGCGCUUGGACGUUUGGGAAUUCAGCGUCAAGUUUCCAUCAUAGAAGACUCCAGUUCUCUUCGGUCCGAGAAGGCGCAGAUGACCGAGCGAUUACCCGACAAUAUGAAGGCGCGGUUGCAUCCGGCGCCACGAGCUGCCACUUUUAGAAGAGUUCUUCCUUAUGGUGAGCAUAAGCAGAGUCCCGACAUCGCCCCUGAGUUCUCAAACCACCAUUUCACAUCUUUGCGCAGUUUGCAUAAUGGUCACGGUACCACGAGUCCGGCAACCCAGCGUGGCCACCCAUCUGGCUGA